AUGCUGCCCGAGCCCGCGUUGACAUUCACCAUCCCCAGCGUCCACGACGGGCUCCCCCUCGACUGCCGCAUCUACCACCCGGCCUCGUUGCGCGCCGAGCAGCGGCCUUCCGAAGCAUCACCAUCACCAUGGAGGCGACACGCGGCCGUGCUCGCCCACCCAUACGCGCCGCUGGGCGGCAGCUUCGACGAUCCGGUGAUUGAGGUUGCAGGUGCCAGGAUGCUCGACGAGGGUUACCUGCUGGCGACGUUCAAUUUCAGGGGAGCCGGCCACUCGGCAGGCAAGACAUCGUGGACGUCGAAAGCAGAGCGAGCCGAUUUUCAGAGCGUCAUUGCCUUCCUAGCAUACUACGUCCACCACCUGGACUCGUUUGAGAGCGCCGCAGACGACACCCGGGCCGAGGACGGCGCCAACGACCACCCUUCCUCUUCCACGCACAUGGUGAAUGGAGGACCGCCCACCGACAAUCCCACACCAACCGCCGACGACGGACGACAGCCCAUGCUCAUCAUCGGCGGCUACUCGUACGGAUCCCUCAUCGCGGCGCAGCUCCCGCCGCUCGAGACGGUCCUCGAGCCCUUCGCCGCCCCGCCGAGCGCCUCCCACGAGGCGCAGAUACGCCUGCGCGCCGCCAGCCUGGCCGCGCAGCAGAGCGCGCGCCUCAGCCUCUUCGCUCGGGAGGAGGCGCUGCUGCUGCUGCUGCCGCGCACGGCGCACGCCCCGCGGAGCCCCUCGAAGCGCGGCGGCAUCCGCGUCGGCGGCGACGAGGGCGACCUGAGCCCGGGGCGGCGCAGCGCAGACGGUGGUGGCGGCCGCCGGAGCCGGAGCGUCGAGCUCGAGGGGAGGCUGCACGAGCUCGCCGCCAAGACCAGGUCGAGCCUGACGGCGCCGCGCCGACGCGUGGCCUCGAACAUUGGCACCGCCACCACUCUGGACAGGGUCCCGGAAGAGAAGCGUCACGGUCACGGCCGGAUUUCGACCUCGGCAACCACCGAUGGAGAAGAACCUGGUGACCAGGACGAAGGGGAAGCGUCGCCCGCGCAGGGCCGUCUGCCUCGCCUCGCCGGCUUCGCGACCCCGCGGCAGGCGUACGUGCUGCUGUCGCCGAUCCCCGGCCUCGCGUCGCACCUCGUCACGCUGAGGGUGCUCCCCGGCGCGCUGUCGCGGCGCUCGUGGUGGUGGUGGUGGUCGCCGCCGCGGCCGCCCGAGGAGGACGGCUGCGACGACGCCGCCGAGGCCAAGCUUGUGUGGCACCCGACGCUGGCGGUCCGCGGCGGCGCCGACGCGUUCGUGCUGCCGUACAAGGGCCGUGAGUGGAGCGCCCGGCUGGCGGGCGCGCCUAGGUCGCGGUUCCGCGGCGUGGAGGUGCCGACGGCCGGCCACUUCUGGGCCGAGGAGGGCGUGCUGGACAGGCUGCUCGGCUUGGUGGGAGAGUUUGCGCGCGGCUUGGCCGCCGGGGACGGCGAGGGGGACGUUGAAGGUCCGGGGCAAUGA